AGAGCUGUGCUGCUCCGGGCCAGCAGUUCAGCGAGUGCGCGUCGGCCUGGUGCUGUCGGUCACGUAAGUGGGCUCUUUGAGGUUCACAAUGCGUCCUCCCUGGACGUUCUGGGCCUGUUAAGUUUGUGUCCGUGGGAAACGCUCACGGCGGUUCCCCAGAGGGCCGAGGGAGAAAAGUGAGGACGUUUCUGGCCGCCUGGCAUAUGCUAAAUAUCCUAGCAGGCACAAGGGCUCCCCAACGGGACUCGCCGGCCCGAGAGCCCGGGUGGGCCUCCAGCCCCGCCAUCUGAGACCCUCCGUCGCUGGCCCUUCCGGCAGCAGCGCCCGGAGCGGAUAGGAGAUGCCGCGAACCGCCCCGCCAGUGCUAGGCUUUGUUGGGCUACGUCACUUCCGCCGCGGUCCCGCCCCCAGCGUGGUCGUAACCCAAGGCAACGGCCCGGCCUGCAGCGACCUGAGUAGCUCUUGCCAGUAAGCCGGGACUAGCUGUCUCGGGGCCUUCCAUCCGCUCGGCCCCACAGUGAUUCUUGGCCAUUUCUGUGUGUCAUCUGCUAACGUGAGCUGGAAGACAAGAAUGGGAAAAGACCACCAAUAUUCUCUUUUAGUAGCGGAGCAUCUUGAUCCUGCCUGAAGUACAGCAGUGUUCCGAAGGUGCAUCUGGUGAUCUGCAAGAAGAUGUUAAAAACUUUAAGCAAGCAUCACAGUAAUGGAUCUCUGUCAGAAAAAUGAGACUGACUUAGAAAAUGCUGAAAAUAAUGAAAUUCAAUUCACAGAAGAAACAGAACCAACCUAUACUUGUCCAGAUGGAAAACGUGAAAAAAAUCAUGUUUAUUGUCUUCUCGAUGUCAGUGACAUUACGCUUGAACAAGAUGAAAAAGCCAAAGAGUUUAUUAUUGGAACUGGAUGGGAAGAGGCAGUCCAAGGGUGGGGAAGGACUUCUCCAGCUGCCUGCAUCUGGCCGAGGAAGAUACCAAAAAAGGCGAGGGUAGGGGAAGGUGCCUGCAGCGACUGCUUGGUGUGUGUUAACCUCUCCCACUGGAGCCUCCAGACCAAGCCUCCUACUGAGGGGGGCCCAGAGAAGGAUCAGAGCAGCCCCUCCCAGACUCAGGCAGCCCCCCAGGGCCCCAGCACUGCUUCCAGGGCGAUUAGCAACAUCUGCUUUCCCACCUACUUUCGAGCAGAGAAAAAAAGUCUGCAAAUCAAGGAGUUUAUUUGGUGCAACAAAGACUGGGCCAUCCCCGGCACUAAUAGGGGCAAGACCUUUGGGAAUCCCAGUGGAGGGGCCCACAGAGGGCUGUCCAUCCCAGGCCCCCUGACUUCCAGGGCCCUCCUAGUUCUGCCUCCCCUGAAGGCUUCACUUUCAAAUGCUUUGGAUGUUCUGGGUAAGAAGAGUAAGAACUCUUUCUUGCAGUCAGAAGAGAAGGUGCUGGAUGUGGAAAAGGAUGGGUGUGUGGCUUGUGCAUAUGGCUUGAAAACAGCAGAUGGGAAAGGUGAAAAGAGAGCCAGUGAGCUGGCCAAACACCCUAUGGUCAACGACAAGCCAUCCUCCCCUUCCCCAGCGGCCCGGACAUCCCUGCUGGCCGAUCCGGAGCAGCGCUGCCUGCAUUGGUCCCUCCUGUCUGAGAAAAACCUGGCGUGCCCUCCAGACCCCAGCAACGUUCACUACCUUGCUGCCUUGCAGCUUCUGCAGAAACAGGGAGUGCAAAACUACAAAUCCAAAUUCAAAGCCAAGGAGCCAAGAUCUCCUGUGAUCACCCGAAAGCAUGUUCUCCCAAAGGCCAAGCAGGAAAACAGGCCCCAAAUGCUGGAGACCAAAGUUUUCCCAAGACCUCUCUUGCCGUCUCUCACAGUGAGCAGAGUUAUCAUUCCCGUCUCUACCCACAGGAUCCUCUGAGCGGUCGCGGUAGAACCCCUGGGAAUAAGCACCGUUUGAGAUGCAGCCAUCCUUUCUCUUUCUUCUCUCUCAUUUCCCACCCACCCACCACUCUCUCUUUCUCCCCUCCCCGUCAGUCUGUCUUUACUCUUCUUUUCCUCCAUUUUUUUUUUUGUAGUACAACUGAAGAAAACUGAACCUCAGUGGAUUGUUGGGAUUUAUUUUCUAAAACACCAUAUUCAUGUGUUACCUGCUUCUGCUACUUAGCCAUUCACAAAAUGCCAAUUGGUCUUGCCAGCCCUAGCCUCUGCCUGCCUCAUGUCCACUCCCAGCAGAAGCCACGCAGAAAGUGGGGAAUCCAAAGGGCCUCCUUCCCUCCAUGCUGGCCCCAUGUCAGCCCAGAGCCAUCUGGCAGGUGUCCUUUCUGCCCCACCCCCGUGCCUCAAACUAAGUAUACUGGGCUGGUUUAGACCAAACUGCCUCCUAAUUUUUUGAACGAAGCAGGUGUCUAUCUGCUGCCUCAUUUGCUGUUGCAACAAAGAUCUGAAGAAUUGCUUUAAUAAAAAACUCCAGGCCGGGCACGGUGGCUUACGCCUCUAAUCUCAGCACUUUGGGAGGCCAAGGCGGGUGGAUCACCUGAGGUCGGGAGUUCGAGACCAGCCUGACCAACAUGGAGACACCCUGUCUCUACUAAAAUAAUACAAAAUUAGCUGGGCAUGGUGGCGCAUGCCUGUAAUCCCAGCUACUUAGGAGGCUGAGGCAGGAGAAUCGCUUGAACCCGGGAGGCAGAGGUUGUGAGCCGAGAUCGUGCCAUUGUACUCCAGCCUGGGCAAUAAGAGCGAAACUCCGCCUCAAAAGAAAGAAAAGAAAACUCCAGCUUGUGUCUAGGACGUCCAAGGCAUUGGAGACCCUGUGCGUCCAGGGCGUCACACCCUCAGAUUGUUUCCAUGUAUAUACACUAUCGUCUCCUGCAUUUUCAGGGUGCCAUAUCCUCAGAUUGUACCCUCAUACUAAUCUCUGUGUCUGGAAGUUUUAGCUACAGUGCUACAAAAUCCAGCCUGGGAAGCAGGUUAAGAAUAAUAACUUUUUGGGGCUGGGCACCGUGGGUCAUGCCUGUAAUCCCAGCACUUUGGGAGGCUGAAGCGGGCGGAUCAUGAGGUCAGGAGAUCGAGACCAUCCUGGCUAACACGGUGAAACCCUAUCUCUACUAAAAAUACAAAAAAUUAGCCGGGCGUGGUGGCGGGCUCCUGUAGUCCCAGCUACUCGGGAGGCUGAGGCAGGAGAAUGGCGUGAACCCAGGAGGCGGAGCUUGCAGUGAGCGGAGAUCGCGCCACUGCACUCCAGCCUGGGCGACAGAGCGAGACCCCGUCUCAAAAAAAAAAAAAAGAUUACUUUUUGGGAAAAAAAUAAAAAGAUCACUGUGAUUAUCAUCCCACAUGCUUCCUCUGGCAUUACUUUGCAUCUAAUGUUUGGAAACCCUCAACCCCAGACACUUUUGGAAAGGGGCUGUUACUUUCUCCCUCUGUCCUUCCUUUACCCUCAUUUUACCCCAACUCAUAUUCCCACCGUUCUGUCUAAAUUAAAUGACAUUUGUAAAUGAUUUAUAUUUUAAAUGCCAAGUGAUGUUGCUAUGUAGACACAUGUUCUGAUGAACCGUUCUGUGAUAUGAGUAAUCAUUAAGCUGCUUUGUAAUUACAUAGUUUGAAUUUGCUUAAGGUAGGUUGGACUUGAACUCUGGAUUUCCUGUCUCCUAAACGAUGGAGUAGACAGAAUAUAUGACUAUAUUUGUAAA